GGUCCUUCCUCCGCCGUGCUCCGCCCUCUCUAAAGACAUUACCCCCCUCCUCCUCCUCCUCUUCUCUAGCCAUCGACGGAACUUCAAAGCCGACUUCUUAACCGUUUACAACCGUUGGAUGUAUGUUUCCACAACGAGUGAAGCUGUGAGAGGAAAGCAGCAGAAGUUAAGCCGGCAUGUGAAACUUGUUUAACGGCUGAGUCUUGAUACGUUAUCGGGGAGAUGAGGUCAUAGCCAACGGUACACCACUAGAGCUCCGUUCUCCUGCUAGUUGAAGUGUGCCUGUCAAUUUAAUCAUGGCUCGUGGUUGCAUCUGCUGCGUUAAAUACAUGCUCUUUCUCUUCAACCUGCUCUUCUGGCUGGGUGGGUGUGGAUUGUUGGGUGUGGGCGUGUGGCUGUCGGUGUCUCAGGGCAGCUUUGCCACCCUGUCGCCCUCCUUCCCGUCGCUCUCCGCCGCCAACCUCAUCAUCACCCUCGGCACCGUCGUCAUGGUGACAGGUUUCCUGGGAUGCCUGGGUGCCAUCAAGGAGAACAAGUGCCUGUUGCUGAGUUUUUUCAUCGUUCUCUUGAUCAUCCUUUUGGCCGAACUUAUCCUCCUCAUCCUGUUCUUUGUCUACACCGACAAGGUGAGCGAAAAUGCCAGACAGGACCUGAAAGAAGGGCUUGUGCUGUACAACACAGAUAACAACGCCGGCCUGAGGGAUGCAUGGAACACCAUACAGGGAGAGUGGCGAUGUUGUGGUGUGACCAACCACAAUGACUGGUACACCGCCCUGCAUGACAACGUGGUUCCUGACCGCUGCUGCCAGCAGGUUUACCCAGGCUGUGGACGCAACGCCUCUAAUACCUUCUGGACACGGGGUUGCUAUGCGAAGGUAGAGGAGUGGUUGGAUGACAAUAAACACCUUCUGGGAACCAUCGCCAUGUGUGUGUUGGUCAUACAGCUCCUUGGUAUGGCUUUCUCGAUGACACUUUACCAACAGAUCCACCGAGCCGGGAAGAAGUAUGAAGCCUGACAGGAUUAAUGUGGUCAUUCCAAACUGUUAAUAUUGGUUACUUAAGAUAUAUCACCUUUUGUUUAUUUUUAAACUGGCUUAUUUUUUUUGUAAAAACAAAAUAAGUCAGUUUUAAUGUGUGCCACUAAAGUAUAUUAUCUCACACUAUUGAACAUCUAUUGAACAUCUAUUGAACUUGUUUUUCUUAGUUAGCUUUUUAAAAUCACACUCUAAUGCAUGUUAUGUAAAAUAUUUGUGAUUUGCCUCUGACAAUCACAACCGAGAGAAAAGACUGAGAAGAGGAAAAGUAAGGAGAAUUGUUGUGGUUGUUAAAAAGCCAUGCCUGUGGACAAGUAUUAUGUAUGGAUCCAUUAAGUAGCAUUGUAUACUAAUGUGUUCAAUAAAAGCACUCUUCACAAAUGUGA